AUGUUCACCAUAGCGGCUGUCCUCAGCCUGGCCGCUUUGGCCCAGGCACAGAAUUUGUCGUUCGUUGACCCAACGAAGACCUCAGGAAGCUAUUCCACGACGAGCUACAAUGCCACACUCGCGAGUACUCAGAUAGCCCAGACGGACUUCUCGAACGAGCGGCUUGCGUUUCUGUGGGAUCAAGUCGGUCCUGUCGCGACCGGAAUUCUGAGCACCACUGUGUCGCCGACUCCGGAGCCUUCGAGAUUUCCUCAACCUGGGUAUAUGCAUCCAUAUGUUCCAAGCUAUUAUCCUGGGGAUCUGGCCGAUGCUGCACUCCCAGAGGACUUCGAGUGGGGUAUGUCGUCUUCGGCAUUUCAGAUCGAGGGAGCGGUCACAGACGAAGGCAGAGGUCCUUCAAUUUGGGAUUUGUUGAUGCAUAGAGUCCCCAAUUGGGUAGCCGACAACAGUACUGCAGAUACUGGAGCUGAGCACUAUUACCUGUACAAGCAGGACUUCGCCAGAAUCGCGGCUCUUGGUUUCCACAAGAUGGCAAUAAGUAUUGCCUGGCCAAGGAUUUUUCCUUUCGGCAAGGGCCCUGUGAAUGAAGCUGGAGUCAAGCACUACGACGAUGUUAUCGCAAGCAUGCUGGAGAAUGGCUUGGCGCCUUCAAUCACACUGUUUCACUGGGACACGCCUCUUGCUUUGUUCAACGAGUAUGGAGCUUGGUCGGAUCGUCAAAUCAUAGAUGACUUCUUCAACUAUGCAACUUUCAUCAUCCAGAGGUACGAUCAGUAUGUCGAGACCUGGUUCACCAUCAACGAACCUCAAUACUGUAAUUGGCAAUAUGCCAACUACCCCGCCGGAGAGUACUAUCCAGCAUAUAACAACAUCACUGGUGGCGUUGAAGCCCGCUUCACCUGCGGCCACUACACCCUGCUCGCCCACGCUCGGAUCGCCAAGUGGUACCACGAGGAGUUCCGUGGCCGAGGCCGCAUUACGUUCAAGAACAGCGGAAAUGGCUUCCAAGCUAACUCCAGCAGCGAGGCAGAUGCUGUUGCCGUGCAGCGCAAUUACGACUUCGUCCUAGGAUGGUUCAACCAUGGACCUUGGAACGACGGCGACUACCCUCAAACUCUCAAAGACACUUUGAACGAUACUCUUCCGACUCUUACGCAGGAAGAGAAGGAUCUGAUCGCGGGCAGCUGCGACUUCUUUGCAAUCGACGCGUACACUUCGUACUUUGCAUCCAGCAUCUCUCCCGAGGAUGGCGAUAUUUCGGCGUGCACCUCAAACUCCUCUCACCCUUCGUACCCGGAAUGUGCGGGAUCCAGUCCCCUCGCUCCAGAUGGAUUCCCAGCCGGUCCUUCAGCCGAUCCUGGGGCAAGCUGGUUGCAGGACACUCCGACUGGUGUACGGUUGUUUUUGAAGAACAUCACCCAGGAUCUGUUCCCAGGCAUUCCAGAUAUUCAAGUUACCGAGUUUGGUUUUGCGGAACCAUUCGAGGCCGAGCUGAACAGUUUGUCCACCAUUCUGUGGGACUUAAGACGCGCAGACUACUUCCAGGGCUUCUUGGACAAUGUGCUGGCUGCCAGAGUCCUGGAUGGGGUCAAUGUUACGGGUGCUUGGGCUUGGUCUUUUAUUGACAAUUUCGAAUGGGGCUCUGGCAGGGCCACGAGAUUCGGCAUGCAAUACUUGAAUUAUACUGACCUGACGCGGUCGCCGAAAGCGAGCAUGUUCACGUACCUGAACUGGUUCAGGCAGCAUCUUGGGGAGGGCGAAGGUGGCAGCAGCAACGCUACUAUGAGGUGA